CCCUACCCUAUCUAUCUAUCUAUAUAUGUAUUGGAAAUCACUCAGUGUUGAAAAAAAUAACGUGCGCGGGGGAAUCUGUUAAUGCGUCCCGGGCCAUUCGCGAGCAGCCAAAAAUUAUUCAUAAAAGCAAAGUUAUAAAUAAUGAAUCAGCAUUUAUCGAAUGCCUAGCAUACUGGAUAAGUGAAUAGAUAUAAAAUCAUCGUCAUCGUGUGCUUUCAGCAAAAUUUCAGUUCUGCGAUGUUUAUAUUGCUCAAAUAAUGAAUGUCAUCGUGUCAAUUGAAUAAUGAAAUAAAUUAUAGUCUUAUUGUUCGUUAAGGUAAUGUAGAAGAAUCGACACUAUGGUCGCGGGUACCAAAGCUGGUAUGCCUGGCUCUAUUUAUCAUGAACGCCAGGUUAGAGAACUGUGUGCACUCCAUGCACUAAAUAAUUUGUUUCAAGAAAGGGGAUUUAGUAAGCAGGAAUUGGAUCAAAUAUGUUAUAGCUUAAGUCCUGAUGUUUGGAUUAAUCCUCACAAAUCUUUGCUUGGACUUGGAAACUAUGACAUAAAUGUUAUUAUGGCAGCUUUGCAAAAGAGGGGUUGUGAAGCUGUUUGGUUUGAUAAACGAAGGGACCCUAAAUGUUUAUGUCUCGAUAAUAUCCAAGGUUUUAUUUUAAAUGUCCCAACUGACUACAAAUUUGGUUUCGUGCUUUUACCAUUGAAACGGAGGCACUGGAUUGCAUUAAAAAAAAUUGAUGGUACUUUCUAUAAUUUGGAUUCAAAGUUAGAUUGUCCACAAUUGAUUGGAAAGGAAACUGAAUUAUUAACUUACUUGAAAGAACAAAUAGAAAGUAAAGAGAAAGAACUAUUUCUGGUUGUAUCGCGUGAAAUUGACAGUAAUCAAGGUUGGUUAAUGGAUUCUUGUGAAAAAAGUGAUUCAAUUACAAAAAUUGAUGAAGAUACUUCGAAGUUAAUAAAAGAGCCUAUAUUAGAUAAUGCAAAUUUUGAUUUUAAUUUAAACAAUUCCAAAGAGAGAAUCAAUGAAAAUGGUAACAUUUGCAACAACCAAAGUCCUAGAUAGUCUGAAUUCAAUUAAAAUCUAUUAUAUA